AAGCGACAAGCAACUUGAGGAGAAGCGAGUUGAAGGUGGAGAUGGGGGGGAGGUGGGAGUAGAGGGGUCGUUUCUCGAAGUCCCGGAAAUGGAGAGCGAGGGCGAAUGGCGGGAAGGGGAGGGGGCGUGGUUGAGGGGCGCUGAGAGGGCGCUGGGGCAUGAGUUUGCAAAGAAGGAUCUGCUGCUCGUGGCGCUCACUCACCCCUCCCUUCUGCAGCAGCAGCAGCAGCAGCAGCAGCACGUGUGGCAGCAGCACGUGUGGCAGCAGUCUCGGUACACGUGGCAGCGCCGCAAGCGGUGGGAGCGGCAAGGGGAGCAGCAGGCGGAGAAAGAGAGGGGUGCGGGGACAGAGAGGGGUGCGGAGACAGAGAAGGGUGCGGAGGUGGGGAACUCGGAGGGAGGCCGAGAGGAGGAGGGAAAAAGAGAUGGGGAUGGUGCGUGGAGUGGCGGCAGUGAGGAGGGACUUUAUGAGGAGGGGUUGGGGUUGGGGGGGAGUGCGUGGACGUUUGAGCGCAUGUACUGUGUGGGCAACGCCGUGCUGGAGUACUGCCUCAUGCUCCACGCCCUCGUGGCCAUGGGCGCGGAUGUGGGGGGGGGGCAGCACGCCGGGAACAGGCUUCACCAUGUCAGCGCCUUGAAACAGCAUGUGCUAUCGCACGAGUCCCUGGCAGCGCUGGCCAUCACAUGGGGUCUGCACCGCCACAUGCGCACCGUCUCCCCUCUUCCCGCCCACCACAUCGCUGCCUUUGACGCGUCCCUCACUGCCCCUGCCCCUCACGCAGCAGGAGGCGCAGGGCAGAGAGGAGCAGAGAGGGGAGGAGGAGGCGGGGCAGGGCGAGGAGGGGUGCAGGGAGGUGAGGUAGGAGGGGCAGAUGGAGGAGGGGAGGGAGGGAAGGGAGAGGAGGGAGCAGAAGGAGCGGAGGGGGGGGAGGUUGGGGAGGUGCAGUGGGUGGUGAGCGCCCCUCGUGCGCUGUCGGAGACGGUGCAGGCGCUGGCAGGCGCUGUGUUCCUGGACGCCCACUCGCACCCUGCUGCCGUCUGGCAGGUGCGCUGCUGCGUGGGCGCAUGGGUGCAUGCGCACAUGGAUGCAUGGGUGUUCGCCCCGCACCUGCUCCCCCUGUUCCCCCCGUGCCCCUGUCCGCCGCACCCCAUGACAGAGCUGCAGCACCUGAGCACGCGCAACAAGUGGUCUCUGCAGGUGCGCGCUGGGGGGGGAAUGGGAGAGCAGCAACUGGUAGGUGGGAGGGGAGGAGGUGGAUUGGCAGGGAAAAGGGGGAAGAGACGGAAUAAUUAG